UGGAGGAAAACGGCAAUGAAAACUUUUUCAAUUAUCUUAGGAUGUCGCCUGAUAUGUUUUAUCGAUUGCUCGGACUCUUGGAGACUACACUUGAAGAACAACCAAGAACCAGAUUAGAAAUUUCGCUUCGUUAUUUGGCAUCUGGUGACAGUUUGACUUCUAUUUCAUAUGUUUUUCGUGUUGGGAUUUCUAGAGUAAUGCUGAGCCAACUGGGUACGUUGCGAUUGCCGACUCAUCCGUGUCAAUAUUCAUCACACGAUCCAACGGAUCCGUGAAAACGGAUGCAUGUGAAAGCAGCGUGCAGUCCACAGUAUUCUGAGAGUCGUUUCUUCUUCUUCUGUUCCGUGUUUCUCUGGUAAGCGGUUUGUUGAUGAUGAACUUCUUUGUUGAGGUUAACAUUACACCUACAAAAUAAAACAUUGUUAUUGAUAGUAAACUGUUGAAACCAUUCACUAAUUUGUGCAUACACGAUGGUGGUGAGACAAUAUCAACAGGAACUAGAAUAUCUGGAGAAAAUAACCCCAUAUAGCUGGAGAAUAAAAAAGGGUUUUCAACCCAACAUGAAUGUUGAGGGGGUGUUUUACGUCAACCAAACUCUCGAAAAAUUGAUGUUGGACGAAUUGCGGAAUGCUUGCAGACCAGGAAUGGUAGGAGGAUUCCUGCCUGGAGUCAAACAAAUCGCCAAUGUAGCUGCUUUACCUGGGAUAGUAGGAAGAUCAGUGGGACUACCAGAUGUCCACUCUGGAUACGGUUUUGCCAUCGGUAACAUGGCAGCAUUUGACAUGGACAAUCCUGACUCAAUUGUCUCACCAGGUGGAGUAGGUUUUGACAUAAACUGUGGUGUCAGACUGUUAAGAACAAAUCUCUUUGAAAAAGAUGUCAUGCCAGUCAAGGAAGAGCUGGCUCAAAGUUUAUUUGACCACAUUCCUGUGGGAGUGGGCUCUAAAGGUAUAAUUCCUAUGAAUGCCAGAGAUUUAGAGGAGGCUCUAGAGAUGGGAAUGGAUUGGUCACUAAGAGAAGGUUACAUUUGGGCUGAAGAUAAGGAACAUUGUGAAGAAUAUGGAAGAAUGCUGAAUGCUGAUCCUUCUAAAGUAAGUGUUAGAGCUAAAAAAAGAGGGUUACCUCAACUGGGUACUUUGGGAGCAGGCAAUCACUAUGCAGAAAUCCAAGUUGUUGAGGAGAUUUAUGACAAAUCAGCAGCAUCCAAAAUGGGUAUUGAAGAGCAGGGACAAAUUUGUGUUAUGAUACACUCAGGUAGUCGUGGUUUUGGACACCAGGUAGCCACUGAUGCCUUAGUGCAAAUGGAGAAAGCCAUGAAAAGGGACAAUAUCGAAACCAAUGACAGGCAGCUGGCUUGUGCAAGAAUCCACAGCCAAGAAGGCCAGGAUUAUUUGAAAUCCAUGGCUGCAGCUGCUAACUUUGCUUGGGUCAAUAGAAGCUCCAUGACUUUCCUAAGCAGGCAGGCCUUUGCCAAAAAAUUCGGCAUGACUCCCGAUGAUUUGGACAUGCAUGUCAUCUAUGAUGUGUCUCACAACAUUGCCAAAGUGGAGGAACACAUUGUAGAUGGGAAACCCAGGACUUUGCUGGUUCAUAGGAAAGGCUCUACAAGGGCUUUUCCCCCACACCAUCCCUUGAUACCGGUGGACUAUCAGUUGACAGGGCAACCGGUGUUGAUUGGGGGAACCAUGGGCACCUGCAGCUAUGUCCUCACUGGGACAGAGCAGGGGAUGUUGGAGACCUUUGGGUCCACUUGCCAUGGGGCUGGUAGGGCUCUGUCCAGGGCAAAAUCAAGGAGGAAUCUGGACUAUCAGGAGGUUUUGAGGAAAUUGGAUUAUAUGGGGAUUUCGAUAAGAGUUGCAUCACCUAAGCUAGUUAUGGAGGAGGCACCUGAAUCUUACAAGAAUGUGACUGAUGUUGUGAAUACAUGCCAUGCUGCAGGGAUUUCAAAGAAGUGUAUUAAGUUGAGACCUAUUGCUGUAAUUAAAGGUUGAUCA